CGCUGCCCCGGCCGCCUCAGCCGGCGCCCGCCUCGCCUCGCCUCAGCACCGAGGGCCCCGGCGCGGGGCCCCCCCUGCCCGGGCCCUCCGGGAGCCGCACGCACCGGCCUGCCCCGCUCCCCCUCGCCGCCAAGCCCGGCACGGUCCCCUCGGGAGCCUCGGGCCCCCGCCAAGCCCCGGCCCCCGCCGGGGUGACCCCGCCGCCGCUGCCACCGCCCCUUCCCGCCCUCCGGCGGGCCGCCGCGCAGGCGCGCCGGGCCGAGCCCUGGGUGCGGGGUGGCCGCGGCGGCCCCGCGGGAUGCGGGUGCUGAGGUGGCUGCGCGAAGCGGUUGUGGGGCUGCUGCUGUGGCGGGGAACGGCGGCGGCGGCGUCCCGUCCCGCCGCCUCGGAGGUGCUGAGCCAGCACCUGCGGCAGCGCGGCCUGCCCCACUGGACCUCCUACUGCGUUAAGUACAGCGCCGUCCGCAACGACCAGUUCGGCCUCUCCCACUUCAACUGGCGGGUGAACGGCGCCAACUACCACAUCCUGCGCACCGGCUGCUUCCCCUUCAUCAAGUACCACUGCUCCCGCGCCGCCCCGCAGGACCUGGCGCUGCAGAACGCCGCCUUCACCGCCCUCAAGGUCCUCAACGCCGGCAUCCCAACUUUACUAUAUGGAAUUGGCUCCUGGUUCUUUGUCAGUGUCACAGAGACUGUUCAUACAAGUCGUGGCCCAGUUACUAUUUAUUUUCUAAAUAAAGAAGACGAAGGCGCAAUGUACUGAAAUCAUACCCUCAAGUACCUGUCAUUUGGUGGGUUUCUGUGUUACAGCUGCUACAAAUACCUACUCCCUUUGACUAGAAAGAACUAAAGGCAACUGUUGUUUGUUGUUUGUUUUUUGUUGUUGUUUUGGUUUUUUUUUUAAUAGUGUGUUCUUUGACUUAACAUGUUGUCUUCAGGAAGCUUCAUGGACUUUUUGGUCAUAAGAGAUUUAUUUUUUUGGAGGUCAGUAAAGUUGAAAAAGUAGAAGCCUUGGGAGAAGAAUGAACAUUUCUAAGGGUAUCAGAAUUUAUGGAAGGCAGUGACUAGUACUGCUGAACAAACUUGUGACAAUUUAAAGAGGCACAUCUACCAGCUUAGGGAACUAAAUGGUGUCUACACUAGACAUUUUAAGAAUGUCCCUGGAAAGCUGCUUAGGUGUAGACUCUGACUAGAUGUUUCAUAAUGCAUUAAUUGUCAUAGCUGCAAGCGUGUUUGAAUGAAUCCAUAGCACUGGCUAUUCACAAUUGCCUGGAAGACUGUUUGGAAAAAUACUACCCCAAGAGGUUAAAAAUGGCUGUAUCACAUUUCUUCAAAUUAUAUUUAAAUAAAAUAUCUAAAAUAUGUUU